CAGAGGUCGACAGUAGAUGGCCUGGGGGAUGUCGAUGAGCAUGGCCGGCGGGACCAUGUCGCCUUGAAGAUUGAGCCAGAACAACACGGAAAACCAUGGCUAAGAAGCAGAGUUCCGCCAAAAAACCUUCGAGGGAACAGAGACGGUAGGUGAAUGCCAAAGCCGAGAGAAGCAGACAGUUUUUACCUUCGGGUCUAAGUGUUCGUUAGUGUGCCUAACGAGUCAAUUCCUCUUCAUUAAGGGAUAAAGUUUGUAAAAUACGUCGUUACAAGUGUUUUCGGAAGGUUAAAAGAGUGGAUUUCCCAUGUGGUGGUUUUUUGUGAGGGUGGAGAAGUGUAAACACAAAGACCAAGGCUCUACGGUCACGGAAUCGAAGGAGUAAUCUUCUGCACAGAGGUCCGCAAAACAGCGAUUAAAAUACCACGGAUUAUCGAGGAUCCAAACACAAAUCGGGUUAUUUACACGUCUUAUUUAAUUACUAAAAGUCAUGGACUUUGAAGGCGCAAGAAGAAACGCAGACGAGAGACUUAAUCAGGAGCUCAUUAGGAUCCGCAACCUUCCCAAGCGAAGCAAAAUCAAAAUAGCGAACAAAUAUGGCUUGACACAUGCGAGUCACACAAAUGCAGGUCUACUAAAAUCGCUCGAGAUCGACCUGAAUGUCAUAUCAAGAGAGCAGCGAAGAGUUGCUAAUGAAUGCAAUAAAAGACAGAGAGAAUUCACGGAAGUUCAGAAGAAAUCUUUGUCCAAAUUUCUUACUCCUCUUGUACAGGAAGAGGGUCAAGAUACUUCAACAGUUCAAGGAAAUAAUCAAAGACAGCGAAAAACCACAGAUGUUAUUGAUCGGACACCCAUGUGGUUGAAAGGUCGAAAAGAGUCUAUGUGUGAACUGAAAAGAGAAAUGCUUCUGGAUUUGACAGCACGAAGCAAAGAUAAGACAUAUAAGAUUAUUUCGAAGAACAACAAAAAGACUUCAAUCGGAGCAGUGUUGCCUCCGAUCCGCGAUAUUGAGGUCGAGUUGGAUAGGGAUAGGGACGCUUGGAUUUCACGUUUGAACCGUCAACGGAAAAAUGCUUUCACGGGAAGUUGCUUUCCUUUCCUGCUAGCGGAAAACCGGGAAUAUCACAGAGAGGAAGUGAAGCAUGCAAGAAAACCGCCUUAUCAGGAUCAACAGGAGGCGUGUUUGCCGUCAAACCACACGGAGAAUGAUAAUGACGGUUUCCGAAAUAGAACGUUUAGAGGAACGGUCUACAAAAAGAUUCUUAAGAUUCCCGAUCCUGCUAAGAUUCCUCAUUUAGAUCCUAGAGACCCUAAACUUUACCAUGUUGUCAUGAAAGCGCGGAAAAGAAAGGCAUCUCUGAAAUUGGAACAAGCUGAUAGUUUUGUAGCUCGCAAAAACACCGUGUUCACGAAACACUGGAAAUAACGAUGACGAUAUCGACUUUAACAGCCAAAAAUCGUUUUAAUUGAGUCAAACCAAUAUUAACAAGAUAUAUCUUUUCCAUUUUGCGUCCAUUUUGUGUUACGUACGGCUGUAAAAUCAAUUAUUCAAGGAUUUAGCCACUGUGUUUGUUUUAUAGGAGGAAGUCUUUCACGGUUUGUUUGGACAGUCUGAAAGGGCGCCAAAGAAGUGAAAGGAAAUGCCUUUUUCGCAUUGCGAAUGCAUCAUGUUCAUUUUUUAUUAUUUUUUUCAAUGAAUUACUAAUGAUUUUUCUCGAAGUUGUCAGAUUCAACGAGGAAGAAAAGGUGGUGAUACUGAAAAAUUCAAAUAAAAUGAAAAGGUUUUUAAUCUUAAAAAACGGCGAACGGUGAAUGUAUCGAAUGCAAAAUUUGAUUGCUGUAACAUAUUUCUUCUAAGAUACGGAAAUUCGAUCAGGAAACUAUGCGGCCACUAAUUUAUUUAUGGUGGAACCAACCCAAAGGCUUGACUGUUAUUAUUUGUUGGAAAAACACUGUUUUUUUUUUUUUUUAAUCAGUAGUUUAGCUUUCGCAAUAAUUUAUUGGCUUCCAUCAUAUCUCAACACCUUGACGCUUGUUUUAGGAAAAAAUCCUAAGUCAAAGGCUUUGUACUUUUGUUAGGGUCGCAACGCGUAUUAGUAAAUAACUCGCGCCAUUUUGCUCGAGCGGUUGAUAUAAGAACGAAGUAAACACGUUAAAUGAUAAGAUAGCCUCAGAGACAUGAAUUAGCCUCCAUGUCAUCUUCCGGCCUCAUUUUUUCAACAUGUAGAAAGCUGAGACGUUGGAUCAAAAGGUUAGCAUUUAAAGCUAACACUUUCUCGUCAGCUAUAUCUCAUGAUAUCUUGUAAGAAAGACUUCAAAGGGCACUUCCCAAGACAGCCAACUUACAGCACACAGCUCUAUCGUACGGCUGCAUCGUCCGGCGAUUUAUCUUGCGCUUCAGUUGAGGUCAAGAGAAUGUCAAGACAUCUCAACUGUUGAGGUACAUGAUGAAACAACUUCUCUGAUUUUCAGUUGGUUAGUCUUUCAACAAAGUUUUUCCACAUUGUGAUCCAAGAAGCAAUGGAGCAUUUUAAAACGUGGGAGGUUUGACCGUACACCAAGGGAGCCUUUAAGCGCAUGCGUUAACUUAAAUUUCUCGGAAUGGUCUUCGCAUGUACCGUCGGUAUAGGGUUGGGAAAAUCUUUUCGCAGUCUUAACAGUGUCCAGUGAUGCUGUGGUCGAUUUUUAACAAUCAAAAGAGGGUGAAAAAUAUUUUCAUUUUAUAAUUU